CCUCCUCACGGACUCACAUGGCGGUCAAGUAUCUGCAUCGCGGAUCUGAUUGCUCUUUUGGAGCUAAACUCACUGUGCUUCCAUGUGCCUGACCAGAAGAGCAGAAAUAGGCAAUGGACAGGAAACAUCAUCUGGAUCGAGGAGAGACGUUCUCCUUCGUCAACCCCUGGAUUCGAUAUUUUCUCUUCUUUUUCAGCUUCUUAUUUUGGGUUUUCUCCUUGUUGAUUGUUGCAAUUGGUGUGUAUGCUAAAGUCCAGAAAGCCACAGACACGGUGCGGGACACGUUCCUGAUCGACCCGGCUGUCAUCCUAAUUGUAGUGGGGGUGGUCAUGUUCUUCAUCACUUUCUGUGGCUGUAUUGGAGCCCUCAGAGAAAACAUUCGCCUCCUCAAAACAUUCUCUUUAAGCCUGACACUGGUCUUCCUAACCCAGCUGGUCAUAGCAAUUCUGGGCUUCUUUUACUCAGACCAGACUCGUGACACUUUGGGAAGAUUCGUGAAGAAAGGUAUCGUGCACUACAGGGAUGACCUGGAUCUGCAGAACUUGAUGGAUUAUAUUCAGAAAGAGUUCCAGUGUUGUGGAUGGAACAACUAUACAGACUGGUCAUGGAACACGUACUUUAACUGCACUAAGGAGAACACAAGCUCAGAACGCUGCGCUGUUCCUUUCUCUUGCUGCACUCCUGUUCCCGGAGAGGCAGUAAUCAACACUAUGUGUGGCUUUGGGAUUCAAACCCUGGACCACCUGGAGGCAAACAAGUCAAUCUACCCAGUAGGCUGUGCAGACAGAGCCGUGUUGUGGAUCGAGUCCCAUCUGUUUCUGGUGGGAGCCCUCGCGCUGGGUUUGGCCUUGCCUCAGAUUGCAGGCAUUGUGCUGUCCCAGAUCCUGAUCUCUCAGAUCCAAGAAGAGAUUACCUCCGUGUCGUGAGCACCAGCGAACAAAGACUAAGGUCGCGGGCGUGCUGGAGCCUGUCCCAGCAAUCUUCGGGCGAGACACCCUGAACUGGUCGCCAGCCAAUCGCAGUUUAUAUUUUGUUUUAGUUAUUUUGUCGUGCACAUUAAGGACUAUUUUGAUUUCUUUGCACUUAAACAAUAACAAAGCUAGAGGGAAAAUGAAUGCCAAAUCAUAUUACACUGUUUUUAUCCCGGGUUGUAAAAGACUGACAUUCAUCUCACUUCCAAGAUUCCACGGAGUGGAUUCCAUAUUCCCAUGUGACUGAUUAUACUUAUAAAUCACAGCGUUUGACUCGUAUCAUCGCCUUACUGCGACGUACGGAUUAUGUAAAAUUGCACCAUUUAAACACAAGUGCCAUAACUAAAUAAAUGCAAAGCUUUAAAUCAUACCCUGACAUCUUGCUCGAUGACUAAUGCAGAGUGGAGAGCAGCCAUCGCUCACCUAGGAAUUGACUUUCAAUCUUUCAAGAGCUGCCACCCACCCAACCCUCCC